UGCCCUCUCCGCUCCCCUACAGUUUUUUUUUCCCCGCAAACUGGAACUUUGGACAUUGUUUUGCUAGCAGUUUUAAAAAUAAUUCAAUGCCUAAUUCUUGUUAACUUAGCUCAGAAAAUAUGGCUCUGUUGUCAGCGAAACAGCUUCUAGAUGAAUUAAUGGGCAGAGACAGAGAUUUGGGUUUGGAGGAAAAAAAGAAUGAUUUUACUUGGGAUGGACCUGAUGUUUGUAAACAUUUCUUAGUAAAGUUCUGCCCAAAUGACUUAUUUGUAAAUACAAAAGCAGACUUGGGAGUGUGUCCUAAAAUUCAUGAUGAAAGACUCAAACGAGAGUAUGAAAAAAGUUCUCGUUUUCAACAAAUGGGUUAUGAAGAAGAUUUCUUACGGUUUUGUCAAAGCAUGCUAUCUGAUGUGGAUAAACGAAUCAGGAGAGCACGGCAGAGAUUGGCACUCAGCAGCAAAGAAGCCUCUAUAUCCCAACCAACCCAAGUUAAAAAUAACGAAGAGAAAGUUAAUGUACUUACAGAAAAAAUUAAUGGUUUGUUAGUCCAGGUUGAAAAUUUAGGAUGUGAAGGAAAAGUUGAGGAAGCUCAAGGGAUCAUGAAAUUAUGUGAGCAACUUAAAGAAGAACGAGAAACUCUUCGCAAAGCUUCAGAAGCUAAUCACUGGUUUCAAACUGCUGAAAUUGCUGCUGCUCAAGAAAAGCAAAUGGAAGUUUGUGAAGUUUGUGGUGCUUUUCUUAUCGUUGGAGAUGCUCAACAACGAGUAGAUGAUCAUUUAAUGGGGAAACAACACGUUGGAUAUGCUAAAUUAAAAGAAGCAGUUGAUGAAAUUCUGAGUCAUCGAGAAAAAGAGCGGAGUGAUAGAGAAAAACUGAGAGAUAAAGAACGAGAAGAAAGGCGCAAAGCAAAAGAGGAAGAUGAUCGUAAAAGAGAAGAAAGGAGAAAGCGGUUUGAAGAUGAAAGGCGCCGAGAUUUGGAAAAGAGAGAUAGAACAAGACGAAGAAGUCGAAGCCGUGAAAGAACAGGAAAUAGAGGGCACUCUCAUCGUAGUAGAAGUAAAGAGAGACAUUCACAUAGUAAGAGUAAAGAUAAAGACAGGUCACGCAAAAGAAGCAAAAGCUCUGAUAGGAAGAGAGAAAGAAGCAAAAGCUCUGAUAGGAAAAGGGAAAGAAGCAAAAGCUCUGAUAGGAAAAGGGAAAGAAGCAAAAGCUCUGAUAGGAAAAGGGAAAGAAGCAAAAGCUCUGAUAGGAAAAGAGAACGUUCCAAAUCUCAUGAUCGUCACUCACGACAUUCUAGAUCCAGGUCACGCGAACAUCGCAGAGAUCGAAAAGACCGUAAAGAUGAAGAAAAGAGUCGGAAGCACAGGAGACAGUCAUAUGAAAAUGGUGACUCAUCAGAAAAAUUACCACGUUCUGAAGAUAACAAUAAAGGACGCCACUCCUCAGGUGACUGAGCUCAGAUCUAAUGUCUCUUAAAACAGCACAUCUGUAACCUGUUCCGGUUUAAAGGACCAUUUUGCCAGGUGAAAUUGUUUGUCAUCUUUUGUCCAGUUAAUCAUUCAGUGCUGUAGUUUGCCUCCUAAUUAUUAUCAUGUAAUUUUGUUUUCUGCCCAAACAUUUCAUAAGUUCAUAGUAU